UUGCAUGAGAGUAGGAGUUCAAAUUCGUGCUUCUAGGCAGAUCUGGAAUCUGGUUGGGAUUUGGCCUCUUAUCCAAGUUUUUGUAUUUACAUUUCAAAAUGGCAGGACUCAGAACAACAGCGAAGAAACUCACACAGAAAGCAGCAAACGAUGUUGUUGUUUUGGCCGCGGUCAGAAGUCCAGUUACACGAGCUUUCAAAGGAGGCUUCAAAGAUGCGUGGCCAGAAGAUAUCUUAGGUCCAGUAAUGAGCGAAUCCGUCCGACGAGCCAACAUCCAACCCAGCGACGUCAACGACGUUCUAAUCGGCAACGUCCUCGCAGAACUCGGUUUCGCCAAAACAGGCCGCAUGUGCCUAAACCACGCCGGAUUCCCCAACAGCACAACAUUCCACACCGUCAACAGACAAUGCUCCAGCAGUCUCCAGGCCAUCACUCACCUCUCGCACGCCAUCAUGGCUGGCCAGAUCGACGUCGCACUAGCAGGUGGCGUGGAGAGUAUGUCGAGGAAUUACGGCUCGAGAGGUGUGCCGCAAGAUGUUUCCCCAAGGUUGAGGAAUUCGAGUGUUAAGGAUGCAAGGGAUUGUUUGUUGCCGAUGGGGAUCACGAGUGAGAAUGUGGCGGAGAGGUAUGGGAUUGGGAGGAGGGAGCAGGAUGAGUUUGCUUUGGAGAGUCAUAGGCGAGCGUUGGAGGCGAGGGAGAGUGGGUAUUUUGAUAAAGAGAUUGUUCCAGUCACGGUAAUGACGAAGAAUGCUGAGAUGGGCGAGGAGAGUGAGAUUACUGUUUCGAAGGACGAUGGGAUUAGAAGUGGAUUGACAUUGGAGAAACUAUCUGCACUGAAACCUGUCUUCAAGCCUGAUGGAAAAAGUACAGCUGGAAACUCUUCUCAAAUGUCAGACGGAGCAUCAGCAACCAUCUUAGCUCGCCGCUCCUGGGCAGAAGAGCGAGGUCUCAAACCACUUGGACGAUUCGUCGGCACCAAAGUAGCAGGCUGUGCACCAGACGAGAUGGGCAUCUCCCCAGUUUUUGCCAUACCAGAGCUAUUCAAAUACACUGGUAUUGACAAAAAAGAUGUCGAUAUCUGCGAAUUGAACGAAGCGUUCGCUAGUCAGAGUUUGUACUGCAUUCAGAAAUUGGGACUGGAUAUGGAGAAGGUCAACCCAAAUGGUGGCGCCAUUGCCAUUGGACAUCCAACUGGGGCUACGGGAGCGAGACAAGCAGCUACGCUAUUCAGCGAAUUGUUAAGGAGAGAUAAAGAGGUUGGGGUUAUUAGCAUGUGUGCAAGUACUGGACUUGGGGUUGCCUCAUUGUUCAUUCGAGAAUAGGAUAUUGAUCAUGAUGAAAGCUUGGGAACGAGAUAGAUCAAUUAAUACCAUUCAAAAAGAGUUCC